AUGAAUUAGAAAUCGUAAAUUCAGUUGGAUUUUGAUUCAGAAGACACUGAAGGAUCAGAUAUUUCUUUUGAAAGUUCAUUUGAUGAAUAGUUGGAAUAGGAAUUUGAAUAGAGUAAAAUUAGUUUAAUAUUUAUAAGCUUUACAAUAAAAAGGGAUAGUGUAAUUCAAGGAUCAGAUGGAAAGAAUGUUAUAAUUGAAUUAAGAAAUAGGAACAAUAAAAUUGGAAAAAGCAAAUUUUGAGGAUGAAGAAGAGUUGAAAAAACUAUUUCCACCUAAAUAAUAGGAAAAUUUGAUAUCUCGUAAAUCUACAUCAAAUAUAUAAAUGUAAUAUUAGAUAUUAAAGAAUUAGAAUGUCUCCAAGAUAGAAGAGUUAGAGUGAAAAUAAAAACAAUUCUUAAUGGUAUUAAGUCUCGAAAAAUAUACUAAACAGUUCAAAAAAAGUAGCAUCUUAACCAACUUUGGAAGAAUUUCAAUAGAGAUUAAAUUUAUUUAGAAUAAAUAAUACAAAAAGUGAUAUAGUGGAUUUGAUAAUAGAAGAAUAAGAUAAAUUAUUGAAAGAUAUUUAAUAAUAGGAAAAAAAGAAUAAAGCAAUAGAGAACGCAGUUCAUGAAUCAAUAGAGGCUAAAGUAAGAAAGGAAACUGGAGAUGUAGGAUAUGUUUCAUUUAGAAAGAAGAUAUAGUUUUAAUUUCGUAUAAGGAAAGCUGAAGAAAUGGCUUAAGAGAAAGUAUUAAAAUAGAAAGAGAAAAAAGAAACUGAUAUGCACAGAUCACUUUAAAUAUUUGAUUAAUUAUUUUUAAAUAGAAAUUAUGAUGAAGAAGGAGAAGUUAAAAGUUUAGCUGCAGAAGAACUUUAUAAAAGAGUUAAGAAAUGUUCAGAUGAUAUUGAUGUUAAAAAUACAAUUAUUCAGUUCAUUAUUCAACAUAGAAAGAAAUAAAUUGAAGAAUAUAAAAAUAAACCAACUAUAUUAAAACCAACUAAAUUUAUAUCAGAGGAUAGUAGAGAAUUCUCAUUAUUAUAACCUAAUAUGUAAUUUAGAUAGCAAAUGAUGCAAUAAUAAUUAAAUAAGGAAGUAUUAGAUAAAAGAGAUGAUUUAGAAGGGGAAAAUAUAUAUUUACUGACCAAAAUUAAUUAAAUACUAGAAGGAAAUCUCAUGAAAUUAUGGAAACAUAAAUUAGGAUCCAAAAUGUGA